UUGCCUCUCCAUUUCCAUCAUCAUCAACCAAUCUCUCUCUCUCUCUCGCUCGCUCUCUCUCUCAAUCGUCAUCGGAAGAAGAUGGAGAGCGACGACGACUUCGAGCUGCUCUCUCCCGCAGAUCCAACUUCCCCUCCGGUCCACGUACGGAAGCUGAAGCGCCUCAAGAAAGCCGCCCAAGUCGCCGUCGAUCACCGUCCUUCCCGGCUCCAUGACAACGGAAGCCCUGACCCGCCAUCGUCCCUCGUGGAUUCGCUUUAUUCUGAAUCGCAGAGCUCGGAGGAUUCGGGCGGCCUGCGUCUCGAGGAGCCGAGGGAUGAGUCGUCGUUGGAGCUGGAGCUGCCUGCGCCCGACGAUCUCCGCGGCGAAAGCGAGCUUGUCUGUUCGGAGACUGUGCGUUUCGACGGUGAUGACGAAGAGCUUGGCUCCGGAACUGAUGGAUCCAGAGCGAAAAGAGUCUUGGAGUUUGAUUCCACUGAGGAACAGCGAGAUGCGCAGAGAGGCGAUGGGGACGGAGAUGCAAUCGGAGAGGGAAAGGAGGAUCCGGGAAGCGAUUGGCCUGAGAAGAGGCAGAACGGCACGGAGGUGGCUGAUGGGCGUGUAGAGGACACGAAGAAGGGAAAGAAAAGGAAAACGAAGGGAGGUGGGAAUUGUGUCGAAGAGGAUGAGAAGCACCAACCUCAUGCUUCCAACAAAAGAAGAGCAGAUAAGGAAAGAAGAGAUUAUCUCAAGCAGCUUCGUGCAGACUCUCAGAGACUGCUGCGAGAGACUCGAGAUGCGACAUUUAAACCUGUGCCUCUUGUUCAAAAGCCAAUCUCUUCGAUUCUGGAGAAGAUCCGGCAGAGGAAGCUUGAGCUUUCCAAGAAAUCUGUCAUGCUGAAGAGUUUGUCCACCAUACGUGGUUAUGACGAGUUUUUGGGGAAUGAUCUGGAGUUUGAGUUGGAAAUUUCUCAUUCUCAGAAAGAGGUUGAAUAUAAGGCCAAAAACGUAGGAGUGGAGGAAAAUUUUACGGGUUCCUUUGAGGAAGGGAGAGAUGUAAGUGCCCCAACCUGUGGCGAGUCAGAUGAUACUUCAAAUGAAUCAGAUUCUGGAGACACUCCUUCGCAAAGGGCUUUGGAGGAGGAAUCCAACUACACAUUUCGAGUGCCUAUAAAGGAUACACAGGAAUUAUUCUCGGAUUCACAAAGCAGUGAAAGGAAAGAUGAUUUACCUGAUGAGACUCCCAAAAUUCCUGUGGAAGAAGUUUUUGCACCAUCUUUACUUGCAAUGAACUUGAAGUUUGAUUCUGCUCCUCAAGACGACAUGUCUGAUGAGGAGGAUAAUAACAAGGAAAAUGUCAAUCCUCAUAUGCACCAGUCAGUUGAUUUGUCUUUAUCUCCAAAAGGAGAUCCUGUCAAAGAUUUUAUUGAUGAGGAAGCUGAGGAAGAAGAUGACAGUGACAAUGAUCUACUCCACUUCCAAGACAAUGAAGAAGAGGAUAUUGAAGAUGCUGAGGAACUUAAUGAAAUGAUAGAAGCUGACUAUAAGGAAAAACCUAUAGAUAAUGACAGGCGCAAUCAACUUCACCAGGAGUGGCUUGAGCAGCAGGAUGCUGCUGGUACAGAAAAUCUGAUGCAAAGACUAAAUUGUGGUCUGAAACAGAAAGACAAAUCACUGCUUGAUCUGGAAGAAGACGAGAAAGAUGUAGAAGGUGAAGAAGAUGAAGAGUUUGGGUAUGAUGACACAGAAGAUUUAGCUCCAGCAAAUACUGCACGAAUGAAUUUACGUAAAGCAAAGCAGAUGAUUCCAGAAGUGUUUACUGAUAAAGAUGAUACUUUUGUGUCUUCUGAUGAUGAAGAAUCUGAGACACGGCUAGUCAAACAGUCUCUAUUCAGAAAAACUGAAGCACAUGUUCCUCUCAUAUCACCAGCAGAGGAUGAAAGCUCCAGAGAAGUAUUUCAUCGCAUAAAGAAGCUCAAUAUGACCCCUGACAGUAGGAAGAAACCAAAAACGUCAUCCCGACUUGAUGCAUCACUUGCACGAGGAAAAACAAGUGGCAUUUUAAAGCAGCCAUCUUUUCUAGGUCGAGGGUCAAAUCUUCUGCCAUCAUCAAAGAAUCAUAAGACAAGCACAGUUCGGACAUUUAUAUUUGGAAGGGAUGACAGCAAUAUCAAGAGCACCAUAUCAGCAUCAGAGGACUCCUCGGACACGAUUCAUAAGGAGAGUCGACCAGCAAGAACUUCAGUGGCCAAGUUUAGCAGCUCGCAGUCAAAGGGGAGUACCCAAACAACAGAAAGUGCUGGAGUAAGCUCAAACACAACAUUAUAUGACAUUCUGAGGCGGUCUUCUGUGCAUUCUGAUCAGUGUGCCUGGGAAACUAUCGGCCAGACUAAAUCUAUGUUUGCAGCAUUCAGAUCAGGAAAUAAGUCAAAAAGCAGCAGAAUACUGAUGUAGAGGUUCAGUGUCAAGAAUCAGUAUUGCUAUUCCUUCCUAACUAGCAGCAUGUUGAGAAUGAGAGAAAUGACCUGCUGCAAAGAAAAAUGACGUUUACUAUUGGCAAAUUUGACGAAACAUCAUAUUUUCUGCAUUUUUGGCUCUA